CGGCUCAACAAGUGCUGGCCUCAGCUUUAAGCUGGAACGUCACCCACCCAUGAAAGAGCCGAAUCUUUGAACCAGCUCUGUGACGAACAACCAUCACAAGUGCUCACUGAGGGAGCAGUCGGCACGGCAAACCACACCGAGGUAAAAAGUGACAGCAUAACAACACCACACCAGCAUCAUGUUGCUGAAAAAAUUCUUCACCAUCCUCAUCAAGGGGUUGUUUGUGAUGUAUGUGCUCCACAUAAUUUGCUCUGUGAUAGUCAAACUAAUGCAAAUCAAACCCUGCAACAGCACUGAAGUUGAAAGCUGUAUCACACCGUUCCUGGCACAGAACCCGAAACUACAGUUGAGUAUCUACACUGCACUGCAGCCAAAUGCAGAGGGAGGACUUACACUGAUCCACAAAGAGGAUAAUUUUGAUGUCAACAGCAAAUUUGAGAGGAUAGUAAAUGUGUCCUUGCCUGAGACAACACGAAACAAUGGAACAUUAUAUGCGCUAAUAUUUGUCCAUCAAGCUGGCCUCACUCCGUGGCAGGAUUUACUUCAGGUCCACAGGGUGGCUCAGCUCACAACAUACAUGGUCCCUGAAAUCUCUGUGAGAUCUGGGAAGGAUCAAACAAAGUCAGAUCAGCCGAUUUGCCACUGGCACUCUCGUCUGACCGUCAACAUUGUCCAGGACCACUUCCUGUUUGACCAAAAUCAUGUACCAAGGGAUGUCCGUAAAUACCUCAAAAUAUUCAGAAUUAAUGAUAAGAUGGUGUAUCUACCUCUGCUGUUUGUUGAUGAGCUCAGGAACCGGAUCAAGGACCUUGUGGAGAUCAGCAGCAUCUCCAUGGAGCUUCCUCUGACCAUCUCUUAUGACUCAAUUUCUCUGGGGAAGAUGCGAUUCUGGAAUAUUUUGCAAGUCUUCGCUCACCAUAUGCAGCAGUCAAAUUUCACAGCAAAGACUGUUGAUGAGUUUAAAGGAUUCUUUGUGGAUACAAGCCUGUACUUUGUAGCUCUGUUCCUCUUAGUCGCUGCUUUUCAUAUCAUCUUUGACUUUCUGGCUUUCAAGAAUGAUGUCAGCUUCUGGAGACAGAAGAAAAGCAUGGUGGGAAUGUCCAGGAAAGCUGUGCUCUGGAGAUGUUUCAGCAACAUUGUGAUAUUCUACUAUUUGUCUGAUAAGCAUGCUAGCUCGUUUGUCCUCAUACCUGCUGGCAUUGGCUGUGCCACUGAGAUAUGGAAAGUAAAGAAAGUCUUUAAGAUUCAGCUUAUCUGGAAUGAAGCCAACCCAACAUUCGUGUAUGAAACACUGGACAAUUCAGAGAAGAGAACAAAUAAGUACGACACUCUGGCCAUGAAGUAUUUCAUAUACCUCCAGUACCCACUGUACAUUGGUGCGCUUCUUUAUGCGCAACCAAUACUAUUCAAGAGUUGGGACUCAUGGAUGAUUGAACAUUUGGCUAAAGGUGUUCACGGCUUUGGCUUCCUCUUCAUGCUUCCUCAGCUGUUUGUCAAUUAUAAGCUAAAAUCUGUGGCUCAUCUCUCGGGGAAAGUCUUAAUGUAUCAGGCAUUUAAUGCCUUCAUUGACACUGUGAUGGCUUUCAACAUCACCAUGCCAGCAUCUCACAAUCCAACCCACAGACUGGCCUUUUUCAGAGAUGAAGUGUUGUUUCUCAUGUAUCUCUGUCAAAGAUGGCUCUACCCAGUGGACAGAACAAGAGUAAACUAAUAUGGAGUUUCUUAUGAUGAAGAUAGACCAGUGAGGAGAGACAGACUGUUAUCAUCUUAUUUAUUAAACUCUCUCAUCCAUGACUUUAUGGACCUUGCUUUGUACACUGGUGCACAGUCAUGUUGGAACAGGAAGGGGCCAUCUCCAAACUGUUCCCACAAAGUUGGGAGCAUGGAAUUGUCCAAAAUC